CUCUGUCCAAUCACAGGAAUAUUCUUAAACCCAGGGGAUCUAUUUUGAACAAAUAUCAGAUGUUUUUCUGUUCUACUUCCUCUUAACUAGCAGGGGUGCUCUGUCAAGUCGGCUGAGUUUUUCGACAUGCUGGAAAGGAUGCAGGUAAGACUUCUUCCAUCAUUCAGAUGAUCUUGUGCAUGUACUUCUUUAGAAUAAGAUUCCACUAAUAACAGUAUUCCUUAUAGUAUAACUUAUAGUAUCGUCCUUGUAGUAUAACUUUGUACUUUAGCUGCAGAGCAUUUUACUGUAUAAUAAUAUAAUAAUCACAGCACUUUUUUGCACUUGAGUGCUGGCUAAGUGUUCUCUCUCCAGUGGACCAGUCCUCGAUUACUCUGAAUGUAUAAUUACACAUUCCAGCUCAUUUCUAACUCAUUGAUUUAGCCAGCUCUUUUCUCUGUGGUGGGUCUUUGGUGGGGGUUUGGUAGGAGCGCCACAGGGUCGAGAGACUGGGCACAGGACAUACUGACCUGUUAUAUAACAGGAGCAUGAUGGUGUUGUUGUCAUUGUGUGUGUGUGUGUGUGUGUGUGUGUGUGUGAGAGAGAGUGUGUAGAUGAUGGGCAGCAGGUAGCUUAAGAUCACCUGAUCAAUACUAUGUUGAGGCAGGAGCGUUGGUGGUAUUAAAGCCCUCGGUCUUCUUGUCCAGACCUCAGUAUGAGUGACAGAUCGAUGCAAGGGUUUGUCUGGAGGGCUGAUGUCUCUCUCCAAUGGAUCACAUGUACUUGUGAUGUUUUUCAUCAAAGUUGAAGGUGUGUCUUAGUCAGAUCCCUAGUUCUGUAGCAUCUACAGUGCCCAGGGAGUUGGGCAUUUCCUAUUUUCUUUUUCAGUUUAUAAUUGCACUUAAUGCCUAAUGAUUAUGAAAGGGAAACAAUCCCACAAACUUAAAAAGAUAAAACAUUUUUAAUUUUACAUAAUAAAUGUGACUCUGGACAACAAAACCAUUCAUAAGGGUCAAUUUAUUGAAAUUUAGAUUUAUACAGCUGAAUAAAUAAGCUUUCCACUGAUGUGUGGUGUGUUAGGAUAGGACAAUAUUUGGAUAUCUGGAAUCUGAGGGUGCAAAAAAAAUCUAAAUAUUGAGAAAAUCACCUUUAAAGUUGUCCAAAUGAAGUCCUUAGCAAUGCAUAUUACCAAUCAAAAAUUAAGUUUUGAUAUAUUUAUUGUUGGAAAUGUACAAAAUAUCUUCAUAUUUUUUGCAUAUAGUUAUCAAAUAUAUAUAUAUAUUUUAUUAAAACUAGAAAUUAAUUUGCAUUUAUAUGUAAGUUAAUUAAAAAUAAUUUAAAUAUGAAAUAAUUAAAUUAAUAAAUAAAAUAUGUGUAUUUACAAUGUAAAUGCAAUUUAUUGUAUUAAUUAAUUUACAUAUUUAAUUUUAAUUUUAAUUGUUUAAUGUCUAAAUGCCAUUAUGUAAAUGAUUUGUUUAUUUUUAAUACUGUCAUGUAGGACACUCAGUGUACUUAACAGCUAAAAUAAAGAGAUUGACUUACAUACAGUGUUAUACAGCAAUAUUGUUGAUAAAUAUCAGCUACAUUUAAUAUCUGACAUUGUAUUCAUAUUACAGAUAAUUGUCACUGGUGUCGCAAUGUUUAGAUGUAGAGGUUCACAACAAGCAUUACAAAUGUUUCCAAGUGAACAAGAGAUUCUGCCUUUAUUUAUCUCUAAGACAACUGUUUUUUUCCAGGACUGUCAGGUGGAAACAAUUUUGUGGUAACCACAGUUUUUGACAAAAUAACUUGAUAUUAGUCAUAAAAAAAUGAAAAAAGGACAAAAAUAUUCUGGAGGCUUUAUUGACUGUAAACAGAGCUGCUUUAUUUGGGGAUCUCAUUUGAAUAACAAUGUUUAAUGUUUAGUUUGUCAUUUAUUCUUCUUCUUUUAACCCUCUUCUGCUUUCCUGGACACGGCAGAUUCCCAAAACUGAGGAGACUAAGAAAUACAAGGUUUGGCUGGUAUUGUGAAUGUGUGUGUGUGUGUGUGUGUGUAUUGUGUCUGUAAGUGCAUGUUUGUGAGUGGGUCUUUUCUUCUCUAUUAAUAUUCUGAUAAACAUCAGUCACAGUCUUGAGUUCUGCAGCAUCAAUCAACAUCAAGUACUUUUUUACAUUUGGUGACGUAAAGGUCAGUGAUGAUGACCUUCAGAUUCUGCCAGAGAGACCAAAAGCAGACUAAAAACCUUUAUAUCCAAUAGUUAUUGGAAUGCAAGCAGAGAAUAAUCAAGAUGCCUUUUUUGUUGCUGUUGCCAUUAUUUUUUUUUUUUUUUAUCAGUCAUAUUCUGGUGUAGAUAUUAUUCCUCUAUGCUGCUCUUGGGAUUUUUCAUUGCAAUAAACAGACUGUGAUAUACGUGGUUGACUUUUCAAUGUUAUCCUAUGAUCAAAUUUCUUUUUCUCUCCUACAGGAUGACUACAUCCCUUACCCCCGGAUUGAGGAUGUCCUGCAGAAGGGUGGUCCCUACCCUCAGGUAAUUUUACCUCAGUUUGGUGGAUAUUGGAUUGAGGAUCCUGAGGCUCCAGUCGGGACGCCCACGUCCUCAGACAGCAGCUUCAGUGAGGAGGAGGAGGAUGGUCUGAGUCCCGGUGGAGGAGGAGGAGGCUUCGGCUACAGGCUGGAGUGUAACAGCAUCUCACGGGCUUAUCGCAAACACUUUCUGGGCAAGGAGCACAUGAACUAUUACUGCACAUGCAGUAGUAUGGGACACCUCAUCAUGUCUCUGAAGUAUGAGGAGGCAGAGGGACAGGAGUCACUCCGCAUCAUGCUCAGGUCAAAAACAAAGACCCUUCAUGAGCGAAUCCCACUUGAAGGCCUCCUCCAGCUACCCAGCGUACCACAGAUAGCCAAGCUGCUCUGUGAUGACGUCACAGGUCUGAAGUUCAACCCCGUCCUCUACCCUAGGGCCUCGCAACUGAUCGUCUGUUUUGAUGAGCACGAAGUGAACAACACUUUCAAGUUUGGAGUCAUCUAUCAGAAGUUUGGUCAGACGACAGAGGAAGAGCUGUUCGGGAACAAUGAGGAGACGCCAGCCUUUACUGAAUUCCUCAGUGUUUUAGGAGACAAUAUUGAACUGCAGGAUUUUAAAGGGUUCAGAGGCGGUCUGGAUGUGUCUCAUGGGCAGACUGGGUCUAAGUCUGUCUAUACCACGUUCCGUCAGAGAGAAAUCAUGUUUCACGUUUCCACAAAACUCCCCUUUACAGAAGGAGACAUUCAGCAGCUCCAGAGGAAGAGACAUAUUGGCAAUGAUAUUGUCGCAGCCGUCUUCCAGGAAGAGCCCACACCGUUUGUUCCUGAUAUGAUCGCAUCCAACUUCCUACAUGCCUACGUGUUAGUGCAGGCGGAAAACCCCUGCACUGAUCACACCACGUACAAGGUGUCCGUCACAGCCAGAGAGGAUGUCCCUCCGUUCGGCCCCCCUCUUCCAAACCCUGCGGUCUUUAAGAAGGGUCCCGAGUUCCGGGAAUUUCUCCUGACAAAAUUGAUCAACGCAGAAAAUGCAUGCUGCAAGUCAGACAAGUUCGCCAAGCUAGAGGAGAGGACACGGGCAGCACUGUUAGAUAACCUUCACGAUGAACUGCACAGACAGACACAGGCCACAGUAGGACUGGGCUCAUCUACAGAUGAAGAAAAGCUAGAAAAUGGAGGUCAUGGAGGGCUGCUGGAGUCUUUUAAGAGGGCCAUGCGUGUGAGGAGCCAUUCUAUGGAGACGAUGGUGACUCAUAAACACAAGAGUCCUGGAGUGGCGGCAGGGGUCCCGUCUAGUGUGAGCGGUGGUGGACUACAGCAGAACAGCACGGAGUGCACCAAGAGCACCUUCACUCCUCCAGCACUGUCUGCGAAAUCUCCAUUAAAGAGUCCAGUAAAGCGGCGCUCUGGUCUGUUCCCUAGACUGCACUCCAGCACAGAAAGUCCAACUGAGAAACAUCCAUCUCGCAGUGACCAAAAAACAGAAGUGUUACCUCACUCGCAGGAUGUGAGGUCAGAGACGUCAUCCAAUCCGAGUUCACCAGAGAUCUGCCCAAAUAAAGAAAGGCCAUUUGUGAAGCUGAAAGAGUGUAGCGGCAGAGCUAAUAUCUCUAUCUCCCGAUCCUCCUCCAGCACCAGCAGCUUCAGCAGCACAGCAGGGGAGGGAGACGGACUGGAGGAGCUGGAAAUGAUCAGUCACCCGUCCACGGCUUCAUCUGUGUACAGUCCAUCUCUCAGUGUGGAAAGCCAGAACUCUGGAACGCCGCUGAUCAUGUGCCGCAGUCCCACAGAUGGAAAGAGCAAAACUUCACCAAGGUCAAACUUGAAAUUCCGCUUUGACAAACUGAGCCACUCCACUGGUCAUUAGGUCAGACAGAAGCCACUGCAUGGACAAAAGGCAGUGACUUUGAAUGGAUUUUUAUAGAUUGGAAGAAAAAGGGACCAUUUUAUCUUGCCGAUGCAACAGUUAUCACUGUUCAGCAUAAUACACAACUGAACACUAUUGUAAGAACUGAUCCUACAAACACACAAAAAU